ACGUGAGAUCGCGAUAGGCGCUUAUCAUUGUGGACCAUUUUUUCCUCGCGAUUAUCAAUCGACGCAGAAGCGAAAGCGAGAAGACGAGGAACGAGGGGGAAGGGCGCGAGAAAGCGCGCCCAUCGGCCCAUGUCGAUUGAUUAACGUGGGAGACCAGCCUCGCGCUCCGACAUGCCGCGAUUAACGUGAUCGACGAAUUGAAGAUGGAAUAUUUCGUCAGGGCGGCGCAACGACAACCCCUGUGACCGUUCCUGACACGUAUGUACAACACGACAGUGUCGUCGAGUCCUGGUCGGACAUGAGAUUCAAUGACAAGGAGCUCGCGGAAGCGAGCUUUGGACCCGCCGACCUGGAGGGACGUCUGAACCACAAACGGGCUCAUAAGUCAGUAUUCAAAGAGAAAUGGUUCAAGCUGCGAUACAAUCUACUAUUUUAUUUCAAUAUCAAUGAUUUGGGACACAUUGAUAAGAGGCAACCUGAUGGGGUCAUCGUUCUAGAAAAUUACAGCAUUAAUAUAGAUAAUUCGUCAGAGGGAGCAUUUGCGUUCAGCAUCUCGUUUCGUGAUGAGCCAGAGAAGCGCCAUAUACUGAGUGGUCGAUCAGAGUCUCAGGUGGAGCAGUGGGUAAAUGCACUUAAACAAGCAAGCUACGAAUACUGGAGAUCUCGCUUGAUCACACUUCAAGAAAGAUUGUGCAAAAAAACAGGGAAAGACCCGCUGCUGAUGUAUCCCAGAAAUCAAGGUGUAGUGCGAGAUGAAGCUUGGGAACCUGCUACCAGCUUUAGAUCUCAUGUACGUUCGUUCACAACGUCGGUCGCGCCUACAUUAAAUACAAUAACGAGGGAAGUUAAUCUCAUAGAUCUUUAAUACAAAGGAAUAAUUUUAGACUAAUUUAAAAUUUAAUUUUUUAAAUGUAACUAUAAAGUGACUUCACUAAAUUUAUAUUUUGAAGAAAUAUGCAUAUAUAUAGUGCCGAUAAAAGAAAGUUUGCAUAGAACUGCCACAAGCAAGCGAGUUUUAAGAUGUGUAAGUUCAAUAAGUAUGUACCAGCUUUAAUAAUUUGUAUCUUAUAAUAAUAAUGUAACAUAAUAUACCACAGGGAAUUUACAUCAUAUGCAA